AUGGCCUUCUCCUUUCUGGCUUUCCUGAUCUUAUCUGUCCACACCCUCCUAUCCAUUGGCUGCCCAGUGGGAUGUCGCUGCUACAGCUUGACUGUAGAGUGUGGCUCUAUGGGCCUCCGGGACAUCCCCUCACACGUCCCACCCUCCACACAGACCAUCUUCCUCCAGGACAAUGCUAUCGGGCAGAUCAAUCUAUCUGACCUCUCCCAGCUGGGCCUUCUGCAAUGCCUGUAUCUGCAGAACAACAGUAUUGCAGCACUGGAGCCUGGGGCCUUUCAGAGCCAGGGUAAUCUUCUGGAGCUGGCCCUCAACGGGAACCGCAUCCAUCUGAUCACAGGAGACAUGUUCAGAGGCUUGGAGCACCUCCGUAUCCUCUACCUGGCAGGAAAUGACAUCACUCGCCUACAGGACUAUACCUUCAGAGGCCUACUGCGUCUUCAAGAGCUUCACCUGCAGCAAAAUAACAUUGAGAUGCUGGGAGACCAGUCUCUAGUUGGUCUGUCCUCUCUUGCCCUCCUUGACCUCAGCCGGAAUAACCUGCACACCAUCGGCCCUGCCACCCUACGGCCCCUCGUCAGCCUGCAGGUGCUGCGUGUCACAGACAAUCCGUGGCGUUGCGACUGUGCCCUGCACUGGCUGCGCAGCUGGAUUGAUGAGGAGGGCCAGCGCCUGCUGAGCUCGGCCGAGAGACGCUUGGUGUGUUCCGAGCCGCCCCGCCUUUCCCACCUCAGCUUGGUGGAGGUGCCUCUCAACAGCCUGGUGUGUAUCCCCCCUCUGGUACAGCUGGAGCCACGCCGCCUGGCCGUGCGCCUGGGUGAGAGCCUACGUGUCUCCUGCCAUGCCUCUGGUUACCCCCGGCCGCAGGUCACCUGGAGGAAGGUGUCCCAGGGCAAGGUGCAACUAUCCCCGCGGGGGCUGGUGCAGGACCUGGGCAGUGUAGGGAGCGUGGGGGCUGAGGAUGCAGCACACCCAGGGCGGGUGAGACUCCAGAAGGAGGAUGGGGAGCGCUUCGAUCCAGACACAGGCAGUGGAAUGCUUUUCCUCAGCAACGUGACGGUGUCUCACGCCGGGGUGUAUGAGUGCGAGGCCUGGAACGCUGGAGGGGUGGCCCGUGUGACCUUUCAGCUAGCAAUCAACUCCUCGUCCUCUUCUGGUUGGUCCCCCGCCUCCUACGCCCCAUCCUGGCCUCGUCUGCGCGCCAAUCGGCCAACAUCGUCAGACGUGAGGCGAGAGCCCCUGUACGCCCUUGGCAGCAUGGCCUUCAGCACGCUGGGAGCUGCUACACAGACUGCCAUCGCCAUAGGGAUCUCCCUACUGGCCCUCACUGCCCUUCUCCUGGUGGCCAUGAUCUACAGCCGGCACCGCCAGCGGCAGAAGGACACAGAUGACAAGGAGGAAAGCAUACUGUAUGUCAAUGAUUACUCAGACGGACCAACAACCUUUGCCCAGCUGGAGGAGUACCGCGAUGAGCGCGGGCAUGAGAUGUAUGUUCUUAACCGCGCUAAACCCAUCAUCCCACCUUCCACCACAGCUGAUACCACCACCCCGGGGGACCAACAGCAGGAAGCACUGUCUCCCACAAAGCCCCAGAUGGAGCCCGAUAUACGGACAAUGAGAAGGAUCGCAGGGGAGGGCGUGGAGGCAGAGACGGUGACAGCCGAGUCAGAGGGCUUGUUUCUGAAUCACACAGGGUUGUUCCUCGACUCACAAUUUGCAUAUGAGAUCCACUGCUGA